AUGGGGUGGGGGGUGACGGAGGAGCAACGACGUACGGGAGUUUGUGGGGUUGGUGGUUGGGUAAAAGAGAUCUUGAUUGAGGAAUCAAAUGUGCAGCCUGUCAAUAGUCCUGUUACAGUGUGUGGUGACAUCCAUGGCCAAUUCCAUGACCUGAUGAAACUGUUCCAGACUGGAGGUCAUGUUCCAGAGACAAAUUAUAUUUUUAUGGGAGAUUUUGUUGAUCGUGGGUACAAUAGUCUAGAAGUUUUCACGAUUCUUUUGCUGCUCAAAGCGAGAUACCCUGCCAACAUUACUCUACUUCGUGGAAAUCAUGAAAGUAGACAGCUAACACAGGAUAUUCAGAAGUUUCUUAAGCUGGAGAUCUAG